AUGGGGCCCUCCCUGAACUCAGCCGGGCGCCGGGUGGGGCCCCAUGUUUGCCUCUCGGGCUUUGGGAGCGGAUGCUGCCCUGGGUGGAUGCCGUCCCCAGCCAGUGGGCAGUGCACCCUGCCACUCUGCUCCUUCGGCUGUGGCAGCGGCUGGUGCAUCGCCCCCAACGUCUGCUCCUGCCGGGAUGGAGAGCAGGGCAUCACCUGCCCAGAUCUGCCGGGUGCCUGCGGGGAGUACGGCUGUGACCUCGCCUGCAACCAUGGUGGCUGCCGGGAGGUGGCCCGUGUCUGCCCACUGGGUUUCUCCAUGGUGGAGACGACCAAUGGUGUGCGCUGUACAGACAUUGACGAGUGCCUGAGUGCCUCCUGCCAGGGGUUGUGUGUCAACACGGAGGGCGGCUUCGUGUGUGAGUGCGGCCCGGGCUUGCGGCUCGCUGCCGACCGUCACAGCUGCCAGGAUACGGACGAGUGUCUAGCCACCCCGUGCCAGCACCGGUGCAAGAACAGCGUCGGCAGCUACCGCUGCUUCUGUCGCCCCGGUUACCACCUGCACAGCAACCAGCACUCCUGCCUGGAUGUGAACGAGUGCCGCCGGGCCAGCGAGAGGCGCCCCUGCCAGCAUGCCUGUCACAACGGCCCCCCCGGCUACCGGCUCAGCGGGGACAGGGUGUCCUGCGAAGGUAAGGAGCCCUGCAGGGUGGCCUGUUCCCACCCGCUGCCCCUGAAGGAUGGGGGGUGCUGCCCCAGCUGCUCAGGCUGUUGGCACGAGGGGGUCGCCCGGGCGGAGGGGGACGUGUUCUCUGUGGCCGACGGGAAUUGCACAGUCUGCAUGUGCCUGGCUGGCAACAUCUCCUGCAUCUCCCCUGAGUGCCCUCCGGGCCUCUGCCUCAGCCCUGCCCAGGCCGACUGCUGCUCCUGCCAGCCAGCAACGUGCGAUUUCCACGGGCGCACGUAUGUGCACGGAGCCGAGUUCAGCUUGGACGGUGACAACUGUACCACCUGCGUCUGCAGGGGUGGUGAGGUGGAGUGCUCCUUUGUUCCCUGCCCCGAGCUGGCCUGUCCCCGCCAGGACUGGCUGCUGGCCCCCGGCCACUGCUGCUUCUCCUGCCGGGAGCCUGCACCAGUGUCAGGGUGCUUCGUGGACGACAAUGGGGUAGAGUUUCCAAUCGGACAGAUCUGGUCUCCGGGUGAUCCCUGUGAGUUUUGCAUCUGCCAGGCAAACGGCUCGGUGAGCUGCAAAAGGACGGACUGCUUGGAGACGUGUCCUCACCCCAUUCAGAUCCCUGGCCAGUGCUGCCCAGACUGCUCAGCAGGCUGCACCUACAUGGGAAGGAUCUUCUACAACAACGAAACGUUCCCCUCUGCCCUAGACCCCUGCCUCAGCUGUAUCUGCCUGCUGGGCUCUGUGGCUUGCUCCCCUGUGGACUGCAUCGUCUUCUGUGUGUACCCCUUUCAUCCGGAGGGAGAAUGCUGCCCUGUCUGUUAUGAUUGCAACUACGAAGGCAGGAAGGUGGUGAACGGACAGACGUUCGUGCCGGAGGGUGAGCCCUGCAUUCGCUGCACCUGCCAGCUGGGGGAGGUGAGCUGUGAGAAGAGGCCUUGCACCCGUUCCUGCACAGAGCCUUCAGCGCCGCCCGCCGCCUGCUGCCCUGCCUGCCAAGACACCCCAGUCCUUCUGGAGAGCAGCCCGGUCCCUGUCCAGGUGGACGACGCGGAGCCUGGGAAAUCCCUACCCCGCAAUCCCAGAGAGAACUCCAUGUCCUUGCCCAGGGCCAGCGACUGCCACCUCUGCCCCAGCCCCCCUGGUCCUGCCUCUCCCAGCCCAGAGCGCCGGCUCCUCGCAGGAAGGAACGUGAUCCCCCAGGACGCUGGGCCCGUGAACACACCUGGGCCCCUUCCCUCCAGGCCUGGCUCCUUUGGAUCUAGUACGGCUCCCCCGGGGCCUUCCCUGCCCCCUACCGUUCUGAUGGAAACCUCUGGACCCACAACAGCACCUCCAAGCCCUGAUCAGCCCCCUUCGUCUGCCUCCGCAGGGCCUAGCACUGCCCCCUUGGCCCUGACCCAGAGCCCCGGCAUGGUCCCGGCUCCUCAGAAGCAUUCCACGCUCCCCUCCGAGGGAGCGGAGCCAUCACCGCAAGGGGAGAGCACGCCCAGCCGGCCAGCUCCGUAGUGCCCCUCGCCAAGGGGAUGGGGUGCGCUCCCUCUGUUGCAGCCGUGUGAGGAGGAGGAAGCUGGCAGCAGCACCGAGUUUAAUGCAAUGGGGUGUGGGCGGGAGGGAACAAUUGCUUGUGCUGAGCAAUGUGCAUGGGAAGGACGGCUGCCUCUUCCCCGGCCUGUGCCCCACCCGCUCCCUCCCUGGAUCCUGCCGGAUAGAAGGUGCCUCAAAGGGCCACACCAGCUACACAGCCCGCUGGUGGGGAGGAGGUGGCAUGGCCCCGCUUUGGCUGCCUGAGCAAUCCCAGCUGAUGAGGGGAGCCAUGAUGCCGCUCGGGGAAGACGGGCGGCUCAGCUGAGAUACAUGCGGUUUUCCGGGUACGUGUGAGCGGCCUGCCUCCCUGCAGCAAAUGUAGAAGGACAUGGAAGGACCCAGCUCCCCGCGUUGGAUGGGACAUGCUCACCUGGUCCCAAGGGGUGAUCCCUGGGCAGUGCUCCUGUGAUAGAUGAAUCUCCCUACCUUCUGGGUGGUCCCUGCCUCAGCCAGGUCCAGGGCCCCUGGCUGUGGAUCCCCAGAUCUCGUGUCACUUCUUACAGACUCUUGUUGAAACCUUAGGACUGAGGUUUCAAAACUUCCAAAGGAAUUUGAACACCCAGUCCACACCUGGGGAUCCAGUGCCCCUGGCCCGCUUUGCAAGUCCUACUCUAGAUUCCUUGGGACUGCUGGGGAGCCUCAUGGCCUACCCUGCUGGACGGGGCUGGGUAGAUUUCCCAAGCAGGUAUCUGAUCUCCCAUCAGGACCAGCCUUGCCCGGUCGCUGCCGAAGAGUAGUAAAGAUUUCCCUACUCACCCACACGGUCCCUGCUGCCACCUACAGCUGCCUGGGCAAACUGGAUGGGCCCUGCAGCCCUCAGGCUGAUCCCUCAAUGGUGGAGUUGAGGGAUCUCAACAGGAGGUGGCAGGUUCUUCCUCUGUGUCUCCUCAGCCAGCCCUGCAUGUGGCUCCGCAUGCAGCAGCCCAUCUCUGCCGCAGGAGGGGCCGCAGGUGUCUGAUGUGAAGCGGACACGAAGCAGGGAGCCUAUGGCUGUCCUUUCCUGCUCCCCCCAAGCAACUUCACUCAGCUCCUGGCGAGGAGCGGGGAGAGGAUGGAUCCCUGUGGGAGCCCGUAGCUGGGAGCAGGUGUCCUUGGUACAGCUUGGGAGGAACAAUCUCUGGGCCUUUCCCCUGUGCAGAGGGAGCUCACAGUCUCUGCUCAUUGCUCUGCGAUGGGUGAAGGAUUCCCAGUUCAAGCCAGUGACUAAAGUCCUUUCACUGAGUUAGUCAUGCCAGCUGCUGCCACUGGGUGCCGACAUAGGCUGAAGGAUUUCCUUGGGGACUCCCCUCGGAGGGACUCAAACCCACCAUGGCCUCCUGGCUUCCUGCAGCCGCUGCCUGUGUGCUGAAUGGGACAGAUAAGUCCCCUCUUGCAUCCAGGUCUGUGGCCACCCCCUCAGGCACCUGCGUCUUCCCUCUGCCUGCCCAAUUGCAGGGUGUGGGCUCACAUGUCUGCACCUUGGGCCCACAGGCAAGACAAUCUGCUGAAUACAGAGACCUGAACCCUUGCUUCUCUUGCAGCACCUCGAUCGCCCCUGCUGGGCCACACCAGCAGCCUUGUUCCAACCCCAGCAGCACCCCCGGUUGCAGGAUGGGUAAUUUAUUAUUUAUUUGCAUUGUGGUGGCAUUCAGGAGCCCUACCCAGUCAUGGACCAAGCCCCUUGGAGGCAGGAGCUGCACUAAUUCAGAACGGAGGGUCAGGCCCUGUGAGUGGACUUAAGAUCAGAGUCUAGUGGGGAUAGUGCUGUGAUUAGCAGUGGGGGCCACACUAAGGUCAGGGUUCGCUAAGAUUGUAGUUGAGCUUGGAGCUAGAACAGGGGUUGGCAAUAAGUUUUCAUGGGGGGGCACCCCAAGAUUUUGGUAAGUGGUCAAGGGCCAUGCUUUUCUAUGGAGGGGCUAUGGGGUCUGGGAUGGAGGUUGGGUGCAGAAGGGAGCUCGGGGUAAGGGACUGGGGUGCAG